GCGAUAAUUUCUGUGAUCCCCUGUGGUUCUGCGUAUUGCUGAUUGCUUGCAGAAAGUUAUUGUUGAACGUUUUUCUUGUCAAAUAGUUUAAUAAUAGGCAUGACAAAAAACGGCAUUUCAUAAAAAACAAAUUCGAGCUCGAAUAGAAUAAAAUAUGUUGACCGACAUCCCGAAGGAAUUCCGACAAUAUGCAAGAAACUGUCAGAGUUUAAGGAGAUUAUUAAAGGAAACUCGGAAUGCCUUGGAAGAUAUCGGCAAUAAUAUACAGCCAGGGAAUGAACUCAAAAGAGAUUCAUCCAAUCUGGAAAUGCUGGCAAAAAUUGAACGAAAGCUUGAAAAAAAACCAACUUUAUUGGUUUUUGGUCAAAACUGUACUGCAAAGGCAAUAUUCGUGAAUAGCAUUUUUGAACAACCUUUAUUACCAUUAUAUGGUAAAAGGUGGAGAUUUGUAUCAUUUGUGUAUGGUUUGAAGAAAAAUAUUAAAUUAACACUAGGCAGUGAAUAUGAAAUUUUGGAAAAACUUAAGGCUCACGAUCAUCAGUGGGUUACAAUACCCGAGGAAGAUAUUCAAUUAGGUGAACAGGAAUCUCCAUCACCACACUGUCCUUCGUUAGAAGUUGAAUUAUGCAAUCCUUUGUUAAAAGAAAAUGUUGUAAUAAUGGUGCCACCUGAUUGCCAACCUGAAGAAUAUCCUGAUAUAUUAAUUCGACAUACAAACAACAUACUGCCUGUGAUAAUAUAUGCUGUCUCUGAGGAUGUGCUUAGUGAUUACGAUAUUCAGGAAAUCAAAAAAUUAAAAGACAUAUUCAAACUUCCAUUUUUAUUUGUGAGUGUUUCAAAUAAUGAAAUGAAUAACGUUAUAAGUACAGAAUCUCUAACAGAAUCAGAACGGCAUCGUUGCGAAAUAAGUCACAUUGCAUUUCUCAAGCUACAGAAUUUACGUGAUCAACUGCUGAGAUUUGGUUACUUGAAUGAUUCUGAAAAGGAAAAGACUGAUGAAGUGAUAAGAAAUAAAUCAUUUUGUUUGGAAUGUUCUCUAGAUAAUACUCUUACAUGUAAUUCGAAAAUUAACGAGGAUUUCAUUAUAUUUAUAAGAAAAGUUUUCAAGUCCAGCUUGCAGAGAAUGGCUGCACUACUUAGUGAGGUACACAAUAAAUAUUUAAGGAAAUUCAUUCUAUGUGCUUUUGAUAUGGCUCGUGAAAUACAAAUUACUCCAAAACGUAUAUUAUACUCUCAAGAGAUUGAACUUAAGCUCUAUCAAGCUUUAAUGAAAAUUGCCUGUGAUCAACAAGAAGAAAUAACAAAAAUUAUACAAAAAACUCUUCAAGAUAUGAAAGCAAAUGUGGCCGAUGUUCUAGAAGGGAGUACUCUCUUAGGUUUAAAUCGAUUCAACCAAACUCCAAAAAUAGCAACCAUGGAAAUACAACAACUAGUCCUGAGACGACUAAGCAAUUCAGUAGCGAAAGAAAUAGUUCAAUCGGUUGGCUGCCUUCAAGAGAGUUUUACUGGGACCCUGCAGAGAUGUUUGGAAAGUCUUGAAAAACAUUGCCAUGAAUUUGAGGGAAGUCUGUCUGCUUCUGAUGCCGUGAAGCAAAUAAUAUCUGCUGCUUACAACAUUGACCUUCAAUCAUCAACAUCAUCUUCAGUCAUUCAGACUUUUAUCGAUCGACUAAGAAUGACCCUUUCAACUUUUGUGCCUUGGCACAAUACUUGGCUAUCCUCUGGUCAAGAUCAAUGUAAUCUACAAUGGCAGUUGCAGGUUGUGAAUAACAUGAUCGACUCACUUAGUGCUUCAAAGUUGGCUAAAACCAUAUCUCUUCAGUUUCAAGAAUCGGUUAAAUCAUCCCACGAAGCUUUUCAAUCGGCAAUAAGAUCAUUGGAGAAUCAACUAUCUGGUCAGCUGGAACAAACGGAAGAGCAGAGGAUAACCAUACGAAAAAAACACGCUCCAAGGUUUGCAAGAUUGGCCUUGGAAAGCACCUCACUUUGUGAUCUCCUCAGAUGGGGUAUGCCCAAACAGAUAAAAGAGAUAGGCAGAGGCCAAUACGGAGUAGUAUCAUCAUGCGAACCCUGGGGAGGAGUAGAUCCAUGCGCUUUCAAAUCAGUUGUUCCACCAGAUGACAGACAUUGGAAUGAUUUAGCCAUGGAAUUUUACUACACUAGGAGUCUUCCUGAGCAUCCAAGGAUAGUGAAGCUUAGAGGUUCAGUAAUAGAUUAUAGUUAUGGGGGAGGUAGUUCUCCUGCAGUUCUUUUGAUGAUGGAAAGGAUGACUAGGGACUUGUACUGUGGACUUAAUCAAGGACUGACGUGGCCCGUAAGGUUGAGGGUUGCUAUAGAUGUUGUCAAAGGUGUGCGAUAUUUGCAUUCACAAGGGCUCGUUCACAGAGAUAUCAAACUCAAAAAUGUUCUGUUGGACAAUUCUGACAGAGCCAAACUCACAGAUUUCGGAUUUUGCAUACCUGAAGCAAUGAUGUCUGGAAGUGUUGUUGGGACCCCUGUUCAUAUGGCUCCAGAGUUAUUGUCAGGUCGUUACGACUCUAGUGUAGACGUUUAUGCAUUUGGCAUUUUAUUCUGGUACAUUUGUGCCGGACAAGUAACUCUACCCCACCAAUUCAAUCAGUUCCAUAACAAAGAACAAUUGUGGAAUCAUGUUAGAAAAGGUAUAAGACCGGAGUGUCUCAAAAAUUUCGAUCAGAGAUGCUGGAAUUUGAUGGAGCAAUGCUGGGCAGCGGAACCUUCUGAAAGGCCUCUCUUAGGUUAUGUACAACCACAACUGGAGGCUAUUUACCGUGAUGCGCUAGCUGGUGGAAUUGAUGAUCUUUCAUUAACUGAGAAUUCUAAUGAAGACUUCGCUCAUUUUCAAAAUAUAGACUCUCUUGGUUCAAUACGAAUUGAAUGAAAAAAACCAUUUUUUUUUAUUAUUAUUGCAUUUUUUUUGCUUGUGUAAUUACUACAGCUAUCUCAAUUUUUUUUUUCAGUAUUCAUUUAAAUCAACUGAACAAUUUCUGAUAAUGU